AUGGCGGGCGCCCAACAUGGCGGGUCGGGGACUGAUACACGAUCCCCUUCCCGGGCCCCGGCGAGCGGGCAGGGGAAAGCAGGCGGGACGGUCCGGGACAGCCCGCCCUCCCCUGCCCGCUCGCCGGGGCGGAGGACAGGCAGCGCCGCCUCCCCGACGCGGGAGGCUGUGGUGGCGGCGGCGGCACGGGGCUAUCGGCUCCCCGGCGCGACGCUGCCAGCCCGGUUCUUCCUCGCCCUUUGCGUCUGGAGGCUGGUGCCGCGCCGGGAGGCGGCAGGAGCAGAGGAAGUGGUCUUUGGGAAGGUUGGAGGAAGCAUCCUCCUCUUAUGCCGAAAUGUCUCCAAAGAAGCAACCGAGGUGGUCUGGUUUCAAGGGGACCCACUCUCUUUCCCCCCACUCUUCUCCUCGAGGGUCACCUUCCCCCCAAACAUCUGUUUCUCCCUGGCAGACAACAGCUCUUCACGCAUCACAGAGCUGCGUGUGCAGGACGAAGGCAACUACACUUGGAAGGAAGUGCUGAACGAGACGGGCCGUGAGCACCAUGUGCUGUUCUUGCUGAUAGAUCCACCGCACUCAACCCCAAAGUGCUGGGCUGAGACCUCCUCAUCGGGGCUGAUGCUGCAGCUGUUUUGCAGCUGGCCUGGGGGGGUACCCCACCCCACCCUGCACAGGGGAGAAGGGGGACACGAUCCGGAGGACUCAAGCUGGGUCAUCAGCUCCACGAGCUCCUCAGACAUCCAUGUGGAAAUGCUGAACAGCUCCUACCUCUCCCACCGCAAAGCGUUCGAGUGUGUUGGGAGCCAUGUUGUCAAGCGGAGGAGCACUGUGGAGGUGAAAAUACAUUCACUGGAAUCAGAGCCCCCAGAGACCUGCUUUGUGGGUGACAAUGUGACCUUGACAUGCUGUGUGACUGAGAGCACCCUGGCAGCGAGGAUCACCUGGCUGCGGGACAUCACCCAGCCGAAGGUGGAGAUCCAACCCAGAGGGAGGUACCUCAUCGCCCAGGAGGGCAAUGUGUCCUGGCUCACUGUCCGGAACUGCUCCCAGGGCACCGACGGCGGCUGUAACGUCUGCAAGGCACAGAACCCUGUGGGGCUGAGGGAGUAGUUCAUCUGCCUGAUGGUGAAGCAGCCGGUGAACAUUGUUGGGGUCGUGGGUGCAGGGGUGAUCCUGUCCCUGCUGGCUAUUCUCACCGUCACCGGGGUCAUCUUGUACUGCAAUCCCCUCCUGUGCCUGAGAGGUGCUGUGUUCAGGAAUCAGGACUCGGGGGGUGUCUUAGUGCUGGUGGACUCAGAAGAGGAGGAUGAGGGGAAGGGGGAAGAGGAGACCACGAGCAGCUCCACCAAGCGCAAGGCAAUGGCGCUGGUGAAUGGGAAUAGCGUCCAGGCUGCUUACCUCAACUGCCUUACUGGGGUGAGCCCCGGUGACGAUGGCAAACAGCACGGCGGGGUCUCUCCGCAGGAAACAAGGGGAGAAGAGACGCGAGGCAUACAGAUUCCAUCCCUUGGUGCAGAAGCACAUGGAGCCCCGUCUGGACGCCCAGCCUCAAACGCGUCCUUGUUGCCGUGUGGGUGUCCUUUUUUAACAAGGUGGCACCCAGCGCAGGCAGAGCUCAGGAAGUGGGUCCCAGUAGCCCGUUCAUCUUGUCACCUGUGAUGGACUCAAAUACCAGUACAGGAUUCUGUCCCUGUACUGGUCACCAUCAGCGGUGCUGGGGUCGCGGGGAGUGUGAUGGAGAAAGUUGCCACAGGGCCACAGUGGUCCCGGGAUAAUGGAACAAACAACCAGCGGACGGGCAGGUCAUGGA